GGAGAAGUAGCCGGUUUUGGGUGCACCCCCUCAACCAGCAAAGGAGACAACAAGGUGAUUUUCAUCACCUCGUGGCUGAGCUGAGGCUGGACAGCCAACGACAUCACCAAUAUUUUCGGAUGAGUGCAGAGCAGAUGGAUGAACUUCUGUGCCUCCUGGGCCCUGUACUGACCAGACAAUCCACAAAUGUCAGAGCUGCCAUAGAACCCAAGCAGAGACUGGCUGUUGCACUGAGAUACUUGGCUUCCGGGGACUCACUGGUCAGCCUAGCAUUCAGCUAUCGCCUAGGAUGCACUACUGUGAGAGACGCUGUCCAUUUGGUGUGUGCAGCCAUUGAAAAAAUGAUGAUGGAGAGGUUCCUACCCAGGCCAACAGAAGACACGUGGAAGGAGGUUGCACAAGGAUUCUGGGAAAAAUGGAAUUUCCCAAAUUGCUUGGGAGCAAUAGACGGAAAACACAUCCAAGCACCACCACUGUCUGGGAGUCAGUACUUCAAUUAUAAGAAGACUUUUUCCAUAGUGCUUUUGGCACUUGUUGAUGCUGACUACAGGUUCCGUGUGAUUCAAGUGGGGGACUUCGGAAGAACAAGUGAUGGUGGGGUGUAUGCCGGAUCGGAUUUGGGGAAAGGACUGGAGGCCAGAACACUUCAUGUUCCAACCAGUACCUCUCUACCUGGUGCUGCUCACCUGGGUGAGAUGCCAUUCGUCAUGGUGGGUGACGCAGCUUUCCCACUCAAGCCAUACCUGAUGAGACCAUACCCCGGAAAGAACCUCACUCAACAAAAGAGGAUUUUAAACUACAGACUUUCCAGAGCAAGGAUGGUAGUGUAAAAUGCCUUCGGCAUUCUGGCUUCCAGGUGGAGAAUCUUCCUUCGUCGCAUCAACCUGCACCCGAAAAACGUGGACAAGCUUGUGGUGGCUGCAUGCAUCCUACACAACUCCCUGCUGGCCCCUAGUGAAAACCAGAGGUUGCUGGAUGAGGAAGAGCAGCAGGGAAGACACAUGGCACCAGUGAGAAACAUGGGAGGAAACAGGGCAUCAAGAGAGGCCUGUAAUGUGAGGGAGGCUUUCUGCACAUUCUUCAACUCUCCUGAGGGCAGUGUGUCUUGGCAGGACAGGAUGGUGUGAUUACUGGAACACACAAAAGUUACUACACUGACAAAAUGAUUGAAAGAUGUGUUUUUUCAUUCCAGAGAAUUUGAAAAAGCAAAAAAGUAUUAGUUGUUGUACUCCCAAAGACAGGUUAUUGUUGCAUUUGUAAAAAAAACUGUUCUUUAUUUUUAAUAUCCUAUGUUAUUAUGUAUUUUUUUGAUAAUACAUUUCAUAAUAAAUAGUUUUGUCUGACAAA